AUCCUGUUGUCGGGCGCAUGCUUGCUCAAACAGUGCUUUUCUCCCACCCUCCACGCAAGAUAUCACAUUCACCAUCUGCAUCCAAAAAAAAUAUCAUUUCGCCAUCCAAUAUUAGCAACUAGCUUUCAGCGAAGAUCGUAUUACGGCAACAUCAGGGACGCAAACAUGGCACCCCAGCUUGAGCCAUACUUCAAAGAGGUUGAUAACCUCGCAGAGUCUUUUAUUGAUCGUUUGCGAAAAGCGGUUGCAAUUCCCUCAGUCUCUGCUCAAGAUGAGAGAAGAGGAGAUGUUGUCAAGAUGGCACAUUUUCUUGUUUCCGAGCUCGAAGCUCUCGGUGCCGAGGUAGAAUUGCGUCCCUUAGGAAAAGAGCACGGGAGGGAGCAUUUGGAACUCCCACCAGUGGUUCUAGCCCGCUAUGGGAAUGAUACGAGCAAGCGCACGGUUCUUGUCUACGGGCACUAUGAUGUGCAGCCUGCUGCGAAGGACGAUGGAUGGGGCACAGAUCCCUUCACCCUUACUGUCGACGACAAGGGAAGGAUGUAUGGGCGUGGAAGCACUGACGAUAAAGGCCCUGUGCUGGGCUGGAUCAAUGCUAUCGAAGCACACAAGAAAGCCGGCAUUGAAUUCCCUGUCAAUCUCCUUUGCUGCUUUGAAGGAAUGGAGGAAUACGGCUCCCUGGGGUUGGAAGCGUUUGUCAAGGCAGAAGGCAACAAGUAUUUCAAGGAUGCAGAUGCUGUGUGCAUAUCUGAUAACUAUUGGUUGGGAACCGAGAAACCAUGUUUGACUUAUGGGCUGCGAGGCUGUAACUACUAUUCUUUGUCGGUGUCUGGCCCAGGUCAGGACUUGCAUAGUGGAGUUUUCGGUGGAACGGCCCACGAACCUAUGGUCGAUCUCGUGACACUUCUAUCACGCCUUGUUGACCCGGAAGGGAAUAUUCUUAUCCCAGGAAUUGCGGACCUUGUCGCGCCUCUAUCAGAGAACGAGAAGGCGUUAUAUGAUUCCAUCAGUUAUUCAAUGGAUGAUUUCCAUGAGUCUUUGGGAAGCAAAACCUCGAUUUUCUCAACCAAGGAGCAAACCUUGAUGCGCCGAUGGAGAUUCCCUUCGCUCUCUAUCCAUGGAAUUGAGGGCGCAUAUUAUGGACCGGGCGCAAAAACCGUGAUUCCCGCUAAGGUUAACGGGAAGUUCUCUAUCCGAACAGUGCCUAACAUGCAGAGCGAGGAUGUGACCAGACUGGUUACAGAGUAUAUCAAUUCUGAAUUCGCGAAGUUGAAGAGCAAGAACACUGCUGAAGUGUCGCUCAUGCAUGACGGAAAAUGGUGGGUUGCCAGCCCCAACCAUUGGAACUUUGAAGCUGCUAGCAAAGCUGUCGAACAAGUAUUCGGAGUGGCACCAGAUAUGAUACGUGAGGGUGGAAGUAUCCCCAUCACUUUGACCUUCGAAGAGGCCACGGGCAAAAAUGUGCUAUUACUCCCCAUGGGUAGCUCCACCGAUGCUCCUCACUCCGCCAACGAAAAGCUCGACCGGCGUAAUUAUAUCGAGGGCACGAAGCUCUUGGGCGCAUAUCUCCACUACGUUGCUGAAGAGCCCAUGACAGCCUAACCAUGGAAAAUAGCCUAAGACCGGGUAGCUUUCUAGAACGGCACCUAAAUACACAUCAUGUAUAUUUUAGCUAAGGUCGGAUACUAAGCCUAGCCCCAGUGCGGGCCCAAAUCCAUUAUAACGUUGGGAUAUCUGCAGCAUAAUUAGUUUUCAACAGGUUUAAUGCUUAAAAAGAUUGGUCCAGACACCCAAGGUUG